AUGUCUUACCUCCAGCAGUGCAAGCAGCCCUGCCUGCCCCCUCCCAUCUGCCUGCAGAAGUGCUCCCAGUGCGUGGAGCCCUGCAAGACCGUCUGCGUGGAGCCCUGCGUGGAGGUCUGCCCCGCGCCCUGCGCCCCCCAGUGCGCCCCCCAGUGCGUGGAGCCCUGCCCCCCGCAGUGUGUGGAGGUCUGCCCCCCGCCCUGCCCCCCUCAGUGCGCCCCCCAGUGCGCGGAGCCCUGCAGCAGCCAGUGCGUGGACGUCUGCGUGAAGCCCUGCCCGGAGCCCUGCGCCCCGCAGUGCCCCUGCCCGGAGCCCUGCGCCACCCAGUGCUGCACCACCAAGUGCGUGGAGCCCUGCCCCCCGCAGUGCGUGGAGGUCUGCACCACCAAGUGCGUGGACACCUGCGAGACCGUGUGCCUGGAGCCCUGCAGCACCGCCUGCUCCCGCCAGUGCUGA